AUGGAUGACCCGACGCUCCUCAUCCACUGGCUCUUCAGCUGCCUGGCCCUCGCCAUCAUGGCUGCCCGGCUGGUCUGGAGGAGGAUGGCCAGGCAGGAGUACAACCUGGGCGAUUGGCUCACCAUCGCCGCCUGCAUCUGUGCAUUGACACGUCUCGGUCUCAUUCACGUUGUGUUGACCUGGGGGACGAACAACGUGACGCCGAAAUAUCGAAAGGAGCACAACUUUACGGAUGAAGAGAUCUACAGGCGGGAGAUCGGCAGCAAAUUGUCCAUUGCGAACCGGGUAUUUUACAACUCUUAUCUUUGGUUGCAAAAACUCGUUUUGCUGGACGUCUACCGUCGAUUGAUCCUCAACUUGCGACAUGAGAAGAUCACGAUAUGGGUUUUCUCGAUCGUCUUCUUCGGAACCUACGUCGCCUGCCAGGUGACAACAUUCAGCGAAUGCAAUCCCUUUCAUCUCUACUGGCAGGUUCUGCCUGACCCUGGAUCUUGCUCCAAAGCCCAGCUUCAACUCGUUGUUGUUGGCGUUCUGAACAUCGUAACGGACGCCAUGCUUCUCGUCCUCCCGAUUCCACUGGUCGUUUCUCUGAAGACCCCAUGGCAACGCAAAAUCCAACUCUACGCACUUUUUACUCUCGGCAUCUUCAUCAUCGCCAUCACCGUUAUCCGACUGCCCAUCAACAUCAACAACAAAGACCUUCAAACCAACCGCACGACAUGGGCUAGCACUGAGUUGCUGACCGCAGCCAUCGUCGUCAACGCACCUACACUCUACGGCAUGUGGAACAAGAGGAGGCAAAAGAAGUCGUCGGGGAAAUCAACUGGCCCAUCUGGGCUUCACUACUACGCCGGCGGAACCCACGCAUCAACAGUCCAUCGAUCGACCGUUCGAGCGGCGCCGGAUGAAUCAUUCGCCAUGAACUCCACGCGGAGGAAAAUGGGGCCCAUGGAGGGAAUCAUGCAAACGAAGGAGGUUAUUGUUUCGGAGUUUCGGCAGGAUGGAGACCGCAUAAACGGACGAUAUGAGAAUCUCCCGGAUGAUGUGGAGAAUGCCUCCAAUCAUUCCAGCCAACACGGCAUCUUGAAGAAGUAA